AUGAAUAGCACACCCUCAAGUUCCAUAGUUACAGUAACUGUUCUCUUUUUGAGGAUCUUUACCUUUGUGUUCCUUUUGAUUGCGCUCAUACUCAUUGUCAUAGACAAGUUUGAAGAUACAAGUGAUUACCCAGAAGACACAUAUAAUGAAACAGAGGAACUCAACUUCAAUUUUUUGCAUGCUUAUCGAUACAUGUUAUCCACAAUAGUCAUCGGAUCUGCGUAUAACCUCCUGCAAAUGGCGCUCUCAAUCAUCAGUUUGGUCACAGGAAACCGUGUAUUUAGGGGUAAUGGUGGCUAUCUAUUUGAUUUUCUUGGUGACAAGAUUAUAUCAUUCCUUCUAAUUUCCGGUUCAGCUGCUGAAUUUGGUUUCUCUCUAGAUCUGCCAAGGAUGUACGAAUUAAAUCAUUCCAUGAAGUCCUUUUUGGAAAAUGCAAACAUCGCAGCUAGUCUUCUUCUUAUUGGAUUUCUGCUCACUGCCAUCGCAUCAAUUUUCUCUUCGUUUGCUUUCCCAAAGAAAGCUUAA